AUAAUUAGACCUCGAACACUGCUGGUAGGACCCUACUUCUGGUGUAGUGUAGCUGACCCCAAUACGCAAUCACUUUGAAUACGGAAAAAGUUGAAUAUAACAACGGAUGCUUGUUAAGCGUGCUAGACUCACUAUUAAGAUGUUGGAAUACAAUUUUAUAUCAAUCACAAGAAUAUAAUUCACUGUACUAAGUCAUGAUUAGAAUGGAAAAGACGUUGCAGAAAGUGUGCAAUGCAGUCAAACCAGUCAGCACUUGGUCCUCCAAGGAGGAUGAACACCAGCAAUGCACGUCCACUGUUUGCCAGCCGUGCACUGAUCUUUCUCUCAAUGUCACAGAUCGUCUUAGGGGUGUUGUCUAUAGUCUUUGGUAUUGUGUGCAUUGUGAUACAAGCUGCAAUUGCUGAUUCUGUUGGCUCUGGCAUUUGGUGUGGGGUGUUGUUUUUUGCUACAGGUGUUGUUGGAAUGUUUGCAGCAUCUAAGAAGUCAAAUGGUUUGAUAAUUGCAGUUAUGGUGUUGUGUAUCCUAUCAGCCUGUGCAGCUGGCAUUUUAGUAAUGUUGUCAGGGCCUGGUAUAGCGUAUGAUGUCCGUCAUGGAAAUUACCCACAUUGCUGCACAGGGAACUCAUACCAGACAGUGUCUUCCAUUGAUCAAAGUGGGAAAAUCUCUUACCGCCUUAUUGCCCGUCCGGACUGCCAUGAAUGUGACCCUCACAAGCAGGCCAAGAUUGGGGUGCAAUCCUUUUUGAUUGCUGUGGCAAUAUUGGAAGCCAUAGCAGCAAUUUGGGCCUCUGCUCUAUGCUGCAAAACAGUGUGUAUGUGCUGUAGUGAACCAGGGGCAUACUCCUAUGGCAUGCCCAUGCAGGUUCAGUAUGUCACUGGCCCAGUGGGUGGAAACCACCAAGUGUUGUUUGUACCAGCACCAGGAGCUCCCCCUGGUGUGUUUUCUGCAUUGCCACAUGGACAAGUGGGAUAUGUGAUGCAGACAGGUCCUGUUAUAGCUGGUGUUCCUAAUCAACCCCAAGUGUAUGCUUACCCAGGAGUCCCACAGCUAACACCAGUCCAAUUACAGCAAUAUCAGCCACAACAACUGCAACAACAAGUGGGUGCGGAGCCUUCUGACCCUACUGCUGCUGGACAGGUGCCACAGGAGAAUUGCUCCAAACAACAGGAGAGUUUGGGUUAAAUUUUCAUUGCUUGAUUGAAGCAAUGUUAAUUCAUAUAUGGACAACAUGCCAGUACUCCGUGUGCCAAAUUAAUAGACUGGAGUAUGGUACUCCAAAUUUCACAAGAAGAGUACCAUAUCUUAGAGAUUCUGCUGUAUGGUAUCACUAGUGGGCUUGAUUUGGUCUUAAAGUGCAAU